AUGGGUCAUUGGAUGCUGUCGAAAGCUCUAGCUCUACGGCACGAAACGCUGGCCCAGCUGCAGGGCGGAGACGCAGAUGAGCUUCAAAGCAAUGCGAGCUACACUGGCAGCAAUGUCACCCAAUGUCCCGAGGCCUGGGCAGAAGUGCAAGGAUGGCAAGAUAAUGACGUGAGAUUGCUGAUCCCGUAUCUCGACGCGAAGGUGAGCCAUCCCUUGUCGAUAGAAGCGGAGCCUAUUGCAGUGGAGCCUGUCACAAUGGAGCCGAUUACCUUCGAGGUAAACCACCAAGAACGAGAGCGCGUUCUUUCCACCCGACCUGUUCCAGCCGUCCAGCCGGGCUCUUCAACCACGUCCAGCCGGGCUAUUCGGCCUCCGUCACCAAGACCUCCAGCUGUUUUUGGCAUCGGGACGCGGCCACCCACGCCAAGGGAAGGGAGGCGGAGCGAUCGGGAAGGGAGGAAGCCCUGGGAGGUUCAAGAGGACGAACAGGUGGCUUUUGAAACGGCAGAAGAACGAAGGCCAGAUCCAGAUCACUGGGAAAAAACCAGACAAAGGGCUGGUAUUCCAAGUGAAGGGAAAAAAUCAGAAGAGAAGGAGGUUCAGACACAUUGCAAGCCUCUGCCAGGCUUGAUCGUGUUAACCAGGGCUGCCAACACUCUGUUUUGGUGUUUGGCGGCAUGGCGCCAAGCCGUUUCCUUCUUGAGACUCCAAAGAAGUCUCGUCUCAAAGCACUCAGAACUGGAGGAGGCCCUGCAAUUGGGUCGACAGUUGUCUACCUUCUCGCAGUCGGAAGAGGCCACCUGCCGUGAGCUUCGAGAGGAGUUACGGUCUGCCAGGGAGGCAGCAACUACUGCUAGGGAAAGGGAUGUGGAGUUACAGCAGAUGCAAGUGCAAGUGCAACAGAUGCAGGGCAUGCAGCAUAGUUUUUAUCAUCAGGAAGGGCAAGAAAUGAGAUUGCUUAGAAAGGAACUUGAGCACACAAAGAUGUGCGAAGCGGAAAACGCGCAAGCUGAGUGUGCAAUUCUGCGCGCGGUUCGCGAAGAAAUUGCAGUGAAAAGGCAGAAAGAUCAUGACCUGUUCAGAAAUGAACUCCAAGCAGAGCAGGAGGCUUCCGAAGCACUUCGCCAGACGCUCAAGAGUCUUUCAGCAGAUGCAGAGGCAACUUCUCGUCCCAGAAAGAAUGGUGCGUCAUUGAGAAAGAUCUUGAAGUUGCACUCGGAUUUGCCAGAGGCUGAUUCCCAGCAUUUGGUCUCUUUGGCAUCGGAAGAAGCCACACAGAUGAGGCAAAAAGCCCUUGAGGCGGAGAACCGCUGCAACGCUUUGUCUGACGAGCUGCACGUGCAAGACAUCAUAUGCCGUCGCCUGCGUCUUGACGAAGGGCAUUUCGAGCUGGAGGAGAAUCAACUGGCAGAACAGCGGCUGGCUGAACGGCAGGCGCUGGAAAGAAAUGAGAUACAUACCGAAAGAAUGGCCCAUGAAUUGCAAGAAGAGCUGAGGCAGUCCCUCCGUCAGCAGCAUGAGCUUCAGGAAACGCACGCAGCACAUGCAAAGAAACUGGCUGAAAUGGCUGAAGCAGAGCGCCAAAGUGCAGCUUCAAAGCUUUACCAGGUGGAAUUUCAAGCCCAUGAAAUGCGUAGGAGGCACGAACAGGCAGAGGAGGCUUGGUCUCGACAUGUGCAGGAGGGGAAGAUUGGAGCAAGGGUCUGGGCUGGAAGAGUCGCCAAAGAACUUGAGCGAAUACAGCAGACCAAAUUGCUUCGAGCGUGCGUGCUAGAAUGGUGGCGGGAACUUUCGCUGAAGGGGGACUUUGCCGAGAAGGGCUUGACAAGGGAGCUCCUCUCACCACCCAGUGCAGUCUCUGCCAAUGCUGCGGACGAAGCGCUUCGACGAGCAGAGGCACGUUGCGAAAUCUCCCGCUUGAGGAGUCAAGCUUUGGAGGCCGAGUUGGCAGCUGCUUUGGAAGACACGCAGGAUGAGUCAGAUGAGGCUCGCACGCCGCACACGACUCCUUUGUGGUCUGAACGAGCCGAGGAGUCGAUUCCACCGUCCAGAUGGGAUCCGCGGCAAGCCGAUCUGCAAAUCAGGCAGCUCUCUCAUUGGGCGUUUGAUGGCCUGUUCUUCCUGAUGAGAUCGGUCUUCGUCACCUGGCGGGACCAACAGAAGACACAGAAGCAUUUGGUGCAGGCUUUCAGUUCAUCUUCCACUUUCCUGGUCACCAGUCUCACGACGUUGUGCUGCCGAGCGCUCUUCGCCGUGUGGCUCCAAGCGACCUUGGCCUCCAAAGGAAGGCUUCAGUAUAUGCAGACGCGCCAUUUGCGCCCUGGCAUCUUGCGGCGUGCAAACCGGCGCACCCAAGGUGCAUUGCGGCUCUUGGAGCGUUUGUGGCUGCUUCGCUUUGCCUUUUCUCUUUGGUCCACAGUGGCCAUUGCUCCUAGUGCAACAGGUCUUCAAGCGCCGCACCGAGGUGCCAGUGCCCCCUGA